UAAGAUAAUCUUAAUUGACAUAGUUAUUCAGAUAAUUUAAUACUAGAUAAUCAGAAGUUAUUACAAUAAUAUGCAUUUAUUGCACAUUAAUAUUCACUAUUAUUAGAUGUUUAAUACCAUUAAGCGGUAAAUUAUAUCUACCUAUUAAUUCGUAAUUGUUUAAAGGUAGAAAAACCGUUGUGAUUAUUAAAUUUAUACUUGAAAGUUUAGAUAAAAUGAAUCAUUUUUAUGCUGGUUAUCAUACUAGUACGAUUAGUUGGGUUAAAAUGAACAACCAAGAAAAAGUGCAAAUGCUAUUAAUUUAUGGUAAAUGCGAUAGAAAUUCUCAGCAGUCAGCAAGAAUGUAUGCUGAACAAUACCCAGGUCGGUACCAUCCACCGCAUACAUUUUUUAUUAAGAUAGAACAAUUAUUGAUUAACCAUGGAGCAUUUUCUGUAAAAGUAGUCCGUAACCAACAAAUUAGAGAAAACAAUAUUAAUGAAGAUGUGGAACUUCAAGUUUUAGCUUACAUUAGAUUGAAUCCAAGAUCUUCGGUUAGACAUGUUGGUAGAGAAGUUGGAAUCUCAUUUGGCCUUGUACAUAAAAUUUUAAAAAAACACAAAAUGCAUCCUUAUAAACCUGACUUAGUACAAUAUUUACGACCUGCAGAUCCAGAAAGAAGGUUAAAUUUCAUUGCUUGGUUACUAGUUCAAAUCGAUACACAACCAUUAUUUUUAAAUCAGAUAUUAUGGACUGAUGAAUCUAAAUUCACGAACAAUGGAGUUAUUAAUAAACAAAAUAAUCGUAUGUGGUCAGAUGUCAAUCCCCAUUGGGCAGUGGAUAAUCGUUACCAAACUGUGUGGGGUACUAAUGUUUGGUGUGGACUUAUUGGUGGAAAAUUGUUAGGUCCGUAUUUCUAUGAAGAAAACUUAACUGCGAGACGAUAUUUAUCAUUUUUAACAAAUGUUUUACCAUUAAUGUUAGAAAAUUUACCAUUAGCUACUCGUCAAACCCUCUAUUUUCAGCAGGACGGAGCUCCUGCUCAUAAUGCGCAUAUUGUUCGAGAUUACUUGAAUCGGGUACAUGAGGGAAAAUGGCUUGGCACUUAUGGUCCCAUUGAAUGGCCAGCAAGAUCUCCAGAUAUUACACCACUUGAUUUUUUUUUGUGGGGACAUUUGAAAACAGUAGUCUACGCAGAUCCACCAGUUAAUCUAGCAGAUUUAAAAAAUAAAAUCUUGGUUGCGUGUAAUAACCUUACUGAAAGUCAAAUAAUGACAGCAACUAAUAGAGGAUGUCUACAACGUUUUCAAUUAUGUGUCAACAAUCAAGGAGCAAACUUUGAACAAUUUAUUUAA